ACGCGCAGCGGAGCGGAGUGUGAGCGCAGAGCCGCUGUUAGCUGUAGCAGCUGUAGGAGCUUUUAGUAGCUAAUGGAGCUGGAGCUGCGUUCCUCCGGCUGCUCCCGCUAUAACCCAGUCCGAAUGGCAGCCCUGCUCUACCUGAAACUCGCUAUUUUAACGGCCGCGUUCCGGUGCGGCCAGGCUACCCGGCUGUACACGGAGGAGGACCCGGUGGUGAUUUUAACCAGCGAAAACCUGAAGCAGACCCUGCUGAACUCCUCCACAGCCUGGCUGCUCCAGUUCUACUCCUCCUGGUGCGGACACUGUAUCCAGUACUCCCCCACCUGGAAAGCGCUGGCUGGAGAUGUUAAAGACUGGUCUCAGGCCAUCCGUAUCGGAGUUCUGGAUUGCGCACACGAGAAGAACUUCGACAUAUGUAAAGAGUUCAGCAUCCACUUCUACCCCACAUUCCGGUACUUUAAAGCACACGUCACAACGGCUGAUAUUGGAAAGACAUACAGAGGUGCCGAUCGAGAGCUGCAGACAGUCCGACAGCUGAUGGUAAACUUUCUCCAGAACCACACCAGGCAAGACUGGCCUGCCAGCUGCCCUCCCCUGGAACCUGCCAGGACCGAGGACAUUCUGUCCUUGAUGGGCCAAAAAUCAGAGCACUAUACUGCCGUAAUCAUAGAGGACGGAGACUCCUACGUAGGAAGAGAGGUAAUACUGGACCUAAUGCCAUAUCAGGGUGUGGUGGUGAAGAGAGCCCUGAACUCAGAAAAGCUCCUCAUGGAGAAGCUGGGCAUCUCUACAGUCCCCACAGCCUACCUCUUCCACCCCAAUGGAACACAUGCAGUCAUGGAAGUGCAGAAGAGGCUACGCUUUUUCUACUCCUCUUUCCUCAAACUUCUUCCUGGAGUGCACAGGAAGCAGGCGACUUCAGUCCAGCAGCCUUCGCAGAUAGCCAAUAAAGGCCAGGGCUCCAACGAAGUGUGGAAAGAGUUUGAUAAGUCUAAAGUGUACAUGGUGGACCUGGAGUCUGGCUUGCAUUAUCUUUUGAGAGUGGAGCUGGCAACUCACAAGACCUUGGAAGGAGAGGAGCUGAAAACCUUCAAAGACUUUGUCACAGUGGUGGCCAAGCUGUUUCCUGGGCGCCAGUCUGUGGUAAAGCUUUUGGAGACUCUGCUGGAGUGGCUGGUCAGUUUACCGCUGGAGAAGAUCCCUUACGAUGCCAUCCUGGACCUGGCUGACAAUAAAAUGCGGAUCUCUGGGUUGUACCUGAGUGAGCAUGUGCAGUGGGUGGGCUGCCAGGGCAGCAGCGUGGCUCUGAGAGGAUAUCCUUGCUCCCUCUGGACUCUGUUCCACGUGCUCACCGUGCAGGCUGCCAGCCGGCCAGACGCUCUCGCCAACACCGCGCUGGAGGAUGAUCCGCUGGCGGUGCUUCAGACAAUGCGCCGCUACAUUGGGACUUUCUUUGGCUGCCGUGAAUGUGGCAAGCACUUUGAGGAGAUGGCACAGGAGUCCAUAAGCCAGGUGAAGUCUUUGGACGAGGCCGUGCUCUGGCUGUGGAGGAGGCAUAACCAGGUUAAUGCCAGGCUGGCAGGAUCAAUGAGUGAAGACCCCAUGUUUCCUAAAACUCAGUGGCCCACCCCUGACCUUUGCCCCACAUGCCACGAAGAGCGGGAAGGUCUUCACGUGUGGAACGAAGACAUGGUGCUGGUUUUCCUCAAACAACACUACGGUGCCGCCAACAUCUCCCCCAAAUACAUCAGCGACAGCCGCCCCCGCCCAGGCCCUCCCGCUCCUAAUGAAGCCAUAGCUGCAACCCCGUCCAAUCUUCACAUACAGGGACCCAAGCCAUCUGCCGACGGCGCUCCUAAACACCAGAAACAGACUGACCUCGACGGAGCUGGAGACGGAGGCUCGGGAGUCCAGAAGGACCCCAGGCUCGGGGUCUCGUUCCUGGGCUUCUCCAGCCUGGAUAUGAGCCUGUGUGUGCUGCUCUACGCCUUUUCUUGCGUGUUCCUCAUGCUCAUGUUCUUCUUCUUCCGCGUCCGAUCCAAACGGUGGAAGAUCAAAAGCCAUCGCCCCUACGUAUAGCAGGCGAGCCGACGCUGCUUCACUGUUUCUCUGAUUUAACGCUUUAAUGAUUUACUGGUUUACGAAACUCUUCUAAAAGAGAUGUGAGCGAUUGUAUUAUAGGAACUCCUGCCAGAGUUUGAAGGAAACUUUAUUCAUUAUUUUAUUUAUUUGUUUACCGUAAGUCCUGUUUUUGGUUCUAUUUUGUUAUAUUUGCUGUGAAGAGACUCCUGAUUUUAAACUUGAUGAUUUUUAAGUUUAACACUUUCUAGCGUCUAGCUGUAAGUUGAAGGACUUGUGCAACUUUGUACAAGUAGAAAGGUAAAUAUGUGUGAAAGGAAAAAACUAUUAGUAAAACAUUUCAUUAAUAGAAAAAUAAGAGAAAAAAACAACAACAAAAAUCAGACUACUAACGUCAAAGAAUUCUAUUUUUAUUACCAUAUUAUGUAUGAUGAGGUUGUUUAUAAAGCAUUUUUAACGAAGCAGUGUUUUCCCAAUAUUUGAGGAUGGGUUUGAUUGACUAUACCACACUCAAAAAGUCACACUGACCCCAUAUUUGUAUGUGAUGUAAGAUAUAUAUAUUUCCAAACAUGUUUACAAGUUCAUUCCAUUACUAUUCCACAUAACGUACGGGAGCCAGCUUACCUGUUAACCCUUGAAUCACUGCCAUUCAAUGCCCUUUGUCCUUCAAUUACACUGUACAACUAAGGACGCACCGAAAUGAAAUCUUUAGGCUGAAAUUGAACAAAUACAUUUGUCUGAAGGCUGAAUACUAAAAAACCCGUUUCCCGUAGGGAUUUAUUAAAUUUGCAACUUUUAAUACAUAAAUUAAUUCCAUAAGUUCCAUAAGUAAUUUAACAAAAACAUUUAACAUUAAGCAUUUUUAAUAUCCCUGCAGGCAUAGCAACAAAGCACAAUACAGUACGUCUGCAUCAGCAGUGCAACUAUUCUUACUCUGAAUUUAAUUUAGCAGUGCUGUCCUAGUCACAUAUUUACUUAUAGCUAUAUCUAGCUUGCUGCCACAGCAGUGCUAUUUUAGUCCGAAAUUUACCUCAGUAGUGCAGUCCAAGUCUCAUGACUGAGUGAGUGAAAGUGUAAUCUGACACUACUGUCCAAGUCCUGUACAGUUUAUAUCUUUCGAAAGGGAAACAGACAGAUUGUGAAGUGGUAGUUAACUAAUUAGCUGAGUAAACUGAUAGCAAAAGGUGAUAAGUGAUUAAAAAUGGUGCAAAGCAGCCUGGAAAUCCUAAAACUAGAGGAAACACUGCAAUAUGACUUUAAGUCAUAUUUCUCUUAACUAAUUGAUUUUGACUAAUUUGUUUGGUCUUUUCACUUAUUUGACUGAACCCUAAAAGAUCUGUUUUUGCCGUUUUCAGCCAAUUGUUUUCAAAUAUUUGGUGCAUCCCCUAUCUAUAAUCCUGCGUUCACAUGGUAACUGCUUCAACACGAGGGACCUUUAACACACACACACAAGACAAACUUGGGAAGAUGUUAGUGGCUUUUCAUCUGUCAGUGUGAAUGCAGCUUUACCAGAAAUAGAUGUAUGACCUUUUUUUUUUAUAGCAGCAAUAUUUGAUCUGGUUCAAAUGAACUCUGGAUCGUUUAUAUCCUUGGUGUGGUUUGAUUGAGCAGGUGUGAAUACAGUAAUCGCACUUCGAUGCAGAUCAAAAUAACCAGACUGAGACCUGCUUGUGGUCUCACUAUAUUUACUGUCUUGCUCCCGUGCCAGACAGCUCUGACCAAUCAGAGGAGACAAUAUGCUUGCGUGGUUUAUUGGUGCACAUUUUGCUGCGGUUAGGUUUUUACCUGUGUGAAACCAAACCAAACACCUGGGGCCAGUUUCUCAAAAGCAUCUCAGCAUGAAAAACAUUGUUACACGGAGUGAGAGAGAGAGUGCUAAGUGUGAAGCUCCCUCGACCGUUUUAGGAUCAUCUUGGUGCAAAGAACCUUUGGACCAUAGAAACCCACCACAGGUGUGAAAAUGCCAUUAGAGUAACCAGCUUGCACCAUUGGACCACCUUAGGGGUGUUUUUCCACCUAUGAUUUGUUGUUCUUUUGGGGCUAGGCCAAGACCACCUCCUCUCAAGUGUCUUGAUGCGGUUGUUUAAAUCUAUAUCCAGUUGCGAUUACUGUGUUCACACCCACCCAAAUAAAUUGUUUCAAGAGUGAACGCAAAAAAUUUACCAGAGCACAAAGUUUAAAAAACACCCAUUAUGUUCUCAUCACAAACAAACCGCUUCAGAGUUCGUUUAAGACUAGCCCAAGACCACCUCCUCUCUGGGGUCUUACUUUGUGCAGUUGUUUAAUCUGCGUCCGAGUUUGAUUACUGUGUUCACACCUGCCCUUUCAAAUCACACCAAGUGACAUAAACAUUAACAAACCGUAGUCUGAUUAAACUGGAUUAAAGUCAAAAUGCAGGUGUGAAAAUGUCCCAAGUUUAAUAACAAACUAUUGACCCACAAACACACCACUUCUUCUAUGUUUAUUUGGGACCAGACCAAGACCACCUCGUCUCAAGCGUCUCAGUGCUGUUGUUUUAAUCCACAUCUGAAUGCAAUGAAUAUGUUCAAUUAAACCAGAUUAAAGGUGCAGGUAUGAAAACUCUUCUCGUUUUCACUACAAACAAACUGCACAACAGUUUAUUUGGGACCUGACUCCUCUCAAUGGUGUCAGUGCUGUUGUUUUAAUCCGUAUUAGUGUGUGAUUACUGUGUUCACACCUGCCCAAACUAGUUGCUUCUAUUGAAAGUGAACCAGAGUCUUGAUUUAACUGGUUUAAAACUGCAGGUGUGAAAGGUAAUUGGGUUUACAUGGUGAUAUGUGUGGUGCUCUUCUCAAAUCCAUGUCGGAGCACUCGACCUUCCGGUAGUUUGAGCAUAAUGGAGUCAAUUUUUUAUCACUAUUACAGCUUAUGUGGUUCAGUCACAUUGUGUCCUUGCGCUAAUCGUUAUUUCCUCAGGCUCUCGUGCUUUAAAGCAUUUUGUGAAUAGUUGCACAGCUCGCUGUGAUUGAUUUGGAUUUCUGUGCCCUAAUGUUUCCCACCAGGGCACUCGGCGACAUCAUUGCUUGUGGCAUUUAACAUAUUUUGAGCCCUGUCACAGCGACCGUGCAGCUGAGUGCAGAGAUAAGCUUGUAAAUGUUGAUAUAUUGUAUUAUUGAAGUGAUAUUUCACUGAGAGCACAGUUUAAAUUAUUGAAAUGGAAAGAGCUUCUUUUUUUUUUUAAGUGCGUCUUGUAAGGAGCAAGACUGAUGAGAAUUGAGAAUCUUUUUAUGUUGAAAUGAAAAGGAAGCCAGAUUUGAGCUGGGAUUUUUGUUCAAAUACUUUAAUAAUGCACAGUGUGAUAAUACUGUUUUAAUACCAGAUCAUAACCUUUUUAUUUUACUGUGAUAACAGAGGUCAGGAUUUCAAGCCAUUUUACCUGAUACCUGAAGUUCAUAACAUGUUAUGUAACAUCCAUAAUCACUACCAACAGUGUAUGUUUUGUUUUGUUUUGUUUUUUUUUUUUUGUGUUUUUUUGAGAGUUGGGAAUUUCACAUUAUGAUUAAGAUACUGGAAAACUUUUUGGUCCCACUUUUUAUAUUGUCAAUCUAAUAACUGUGUAGUUACAUAUUAACUACCAUGUAAUAACAAUGUAACUAAUAUGUAGUCACUGUUACAAAUGCACAAUAGACAUAUAGUUUUAACACGUUAACUCAUGCAUUUAAUCGGGACACUUUAACAUGUUAAUUUUCUUAAGGCAAAUUAAUCAUUAUUAAGGCAUUAUCAGUUUUAUUUAGCGAUAAAACAAUACAACACUUACUUUAUUUAUGCUGAAGUUUGUGCUCUCUCUCCCUCUUUCUCUCUCUUUCUCUUUCUUCUUUAUCUCUUUCUCUCUCUUUCUUUCUCUCUUUCUUUCUCUCUUUCUUUUUCUCUCUCUCUCUCUCUCUCCCCCUCUUUCUUCUUUAUCUCUUUCUCUCUCUUUUUUUUUUCUCUCUUUUUCUUUUUUCCCUCUCUUUCUCUCUCUCCCCCUCUUUCUUCUUUAUCUCUCUCUCUCUUUCUCUUUCUUUCUCUCUUUCUUUUUCUUUUUUCUAUCACUCUCUCUCUCUGUCUCUCUCUCCUCCUCUUUCUUCUUUAUCUCUCUCUCUGUCUCUCUCUGUCUACACUACAAGCAUUUUAAAGAAUAUAAUCAUGAUUUUAUCAGUGAAUUAGUCACAGAAUAUUCUUGUGAAUAAUAGCUAUUUUUAAGCAAUUGGCACAAUAAUACAAUUCUUUUAUUAAGAUUUAAAUAGCCUUUAUCAAAAAUGUUGUUAAAAGGUUUAAUUUAUACAUCCACCCUCAUUUUAUAACUAUGUCUAUAACCAUAUAUAAUAUUAUAUAAUGUUUUCCAAUAGGGGAUGAGAUAUACUUGUGCAAUUAUAUAAGUCAAAACUUAAUGCCAGUUAAUACUGUUAAGUUGUAGUACUGUAAUUUAUCCCUAAAAGUGAAUACAUCACCAGUCUGUUAUAUCUAUAUUAUUAACAUGUAACUGAACAGUUAUUACAGACAGCGACUGUGUAACUUCUGGAGAAGUGUAUAUUAAUUAAACUAUAUAUUAAACUAUCAAUAUUUUGUAUUCUAUUGUGCAAUACUGGAUUUUUAAAAACACCGUAUUGAUAGUUAAUUAUUAGUUUAGAUGUAAACAUUGGUGUCUGACAUUUUCAUCAUUUUGGGUUGUGCUUAAACUCCGCCCACACAGUUUUCUUAAAAUGUAGGUUAAAAUUGUAAACAAUUACAGUACAUUGUGUAGCUUACAGUAUUGCAGUAAUAAUGUGUUGUAUUGAAUUGUGACCCCUUUAUUGUAACACACAUGCAUAUCAUAAAUUUUUGCCACAGCCCAAGUGGAUACAGGAGUCAAAACCUGACUCCAUCAUAUUACAUAUUUAUAAUUAACUCUUGUUACAGAUGUUUUUACAUAAUUGUAAUUACAUGAGUUAAUGAACAUUGUAAUUACACAAGCUUCUACUACUGUAAUUCAUCUACUUCUCCCGUAGUUGCAUUGUUUUUGGGUCGUCUGCAUUAUUAAUAUGUAAUUACACAGUUAUUAGACACGCCUAAUAUAAAGUGGGAUCGAUUAGUUCAUUUUUGAUACCGUAUGCAGCAUUCGACAUGCAGCACGUUCUCAUGAAUUUAUUUUUUCAUUAAAUGUGAACUAAAUGUGUUUUGGUUAUGUUUUUGUAUUAUUAUUGUUUGCAUUGAAGCAGCUCUGUGAUGAACUGUAUUUGAUUUAUUGAUAAGCCUUAUUAAUUCCUGCUUCUGUGUCGAUAAAACUGGUUUUAAUUUUAAAUGAUAUAAUAAUAACGGCACAGAAUAGUGGCCUUUUCAGCUGCUGCGAAAUAACGUUAAACAUUGUGUGUUUAAUCUUCUGUGGAUUAAGGACAGAGUAUUUUUAUGUGAAGAGUAUUUUUGGGCUCGUUGUGUAUAUAUGUAGUCGGUCUCGUCCUCAGAGAGGAACUGUGGAAUUUUGUAUUUUCAAUAAUGUAACCUGUCUUUAAAAAUAAAGAUGUGUACAUUGGC